UGGUGGUUAUAAUAAUCUUAUAUUCUUAACAACACUAUCUUUCUUAAUCAUAUUCAUCUCUUACAGCUCAUUUAUAAAUAUAUAUGUAUAUAUGUGUGUGUUGUUGUAUAAAUUACAUUCUCUGACAAAGUUUCCAAGCUUUGUGAGUUUGUGCUACCAAUCAUUUCUUGAAGAAAUGCUGGGGAGAACCUUUGUCGUGAUACUGUUCUUCUGGGCGGCUCUCACUGUCGUCACACCUAUCCUCAUUCGGUUGUCUGCAUCUGCAAACGUCUUGGAUCACAAUGGUGGGAUAAAGAACGAGGGCAUUGUCCAAAGUAGCAAAGAGGUCAGUUUAUUGUCUAGACGAGCUCUUGGAUCUAUCGGACGCCCCAAGAAAGAAAUACACGCGUCACCAUCAUUAUCACCUUCACCAUCUCCAUCUCCAUCACCAUCAUCAAAACUUAUCUGAAAUUUGGUCAAUAUUCUUGAUUUACUUGGUUCAUCUUGUAUAGUUACGUACCGAACCAAGUUGACCAUUUUUUUUUAUAAAACGCCACUCUUACUCGUAUACAAGACAGACCGAGAAAGGCGGUUAUCUCGAAUGAAAAAAAAUAUAUAUAUAAUCCUAAUGAUGGCAUCUUAAAGCUAAAGGUUGUUGCUUCAAGGUGAAUCAACCAUCAUUGAACAAUAAUGAAUCUUAUCUUGUGUGUUUGUGAACA